GUUUUAUGUUACCUUUGUACGAAUCAAACGAAGGUUUUAACUUUUAGCCAAGAACAGAAGAAAGAAAACGCAGUGUGAGAGUUUCGUGUUGAUGAUGGAGAAUGGAAACGGUUUCUGAAAUUCCAUUCAGAUUUCAAAAGCUUUCGAUUCUUCAUCGCCAUCAAAGAUCAAAACCUUCUUCUUCUUCUUCAUAUAUCCCUAAAAACCUCACCUCAUUUCAACUGUAAUCUGGACAUUGAAACAUUAGAAAUAUGUUGUUGAUGGCAUAGGUUUAAAUAGAGAACUGAAGUUGUAAUGGAGCUUGAUUUGAGUGAAAAGCCUGUGGAACGAAUAGAAGAGCAAAUGAAACGGAUUGAAGCCAUUUUCAAAGCUAAACAGAAUCAGAAGUGGCAACAAUGUCACAAUCCAAUUCAGAUAACUAAUUUUGAUGGAGAACAGUUAACAAAAACUGAUAAUGUUGAAGAUGAUGAAAGCUGGAUGACUAUGGAAGAGGUUGAAGGAGCAACUUUGGAAUGCAAGAAAACAUGCAAAAGGAAGGCUCCCUGUUUAGUUGCCAAUGCGUUGGGGAUGGUGACAUCCGCGAACGGUGUUGGGGGCCGUACUAGAAACUUCUUUGAUUGUAAUAUAUGUUUGGAUACGGCAAAUAAUCCUGUUUUGACAUGCUGUGGUCACUUGUUUUGUUGGGAAUGCUUCUAUCAAUUGGCAUAUGCUUAUUCAAAUGCUAAAGAGUGUCCUGUUUGUGAAGGAGAAGUCCUUGACACUGACAUCAUCCCAGUUUAUGGAAAUGGAAUGAUCGAUGAUAUUAGCCGGUUGGAGUUGAAAGAAACUUGUUUGAGAGUUCCUGAUCGACCUCAUGCACCUAGAGUUGAAAGUACUAGGCAGCGGCGCAGAAGACGCACCGUCGCUUCUACAAACCAGGAUUUGUCGUUGUUUGGUAACUUUGGUGGAUUAGAAGAGCCAGAUCCGAUGCAAUUCCCGAGUAUUUCAACUGAUGGAGCUAUGUUUUAGUUCUCGAUCUUGCCAGGAGACAGAAAAAGCCCCAUUAUACUUCUCACUAUCAACUAUCGAGGCUAAAUUCCCGGUUUAGUAAGAACUUCAUUCUACACAACAAUUUGUUAAGGAACUUGAAUCAUAUAUGCACAGUUACUCAUCCCUCUGAAGCAUUAGAGAACUAAAACCUAAUUAUGUCGAUGGAGAUUCGGUUUUCAGCAUUGCUGCUACAAAUCAAUGAGGAAGUCGUGCUCAAGAUAUUGCUCUAACUAAUUCUGCAACUGCAUAUUGUGUUCUUCCUUUAACAUCUAGAUAACUGAUAGUAGUAUAGUGAGUAUUUCAUUGGACUUUUCAUCUUAAUUAUGAUAGAACUGAUACUUAACCUUUAACAUCUGGAUAAAAGGAUAUUAGUAUAAUAUACUCGCUGAUUAUAUCAGUGGACCUUCUUAUUCUAGUAGAAUUGAUGUUUUAAGAUGAGUUUGAAAUGAAUCCUUAAGGAUUGUUUACAUUAUGUGCUUUUAUGAAAGAGAAUUGAUCAUGUAAAUAAAAUAGAAUGUGACAAUAUAUUAGAUUUUAGAUUUAA